AUGGGGAGCCUCAGCGGUCCGAGCCCCAACUCCCGCGACCAGCCGUGCCCGAGAGACCGAGAAGGGUCGAGAAAAGUCCAGCAACAGACGGGGCGGGGCGGCGGCUGCCUGGGCCCAGGGGCUGAGCCCGCCGUCCCCGCCGGCUCCAUCUCGGCUGCCUCCACUCUCCGGCUGCUGGACGCUUCGUCUCGUCCUGAGUUCCGGGAGUCCGAGUUCUGUCCAUGUGUCCUGCUUCCUGGUGGCAGCCCGUCUUGCCUGGCGCGUGGGCUGCUGUCCUCCCAGGCCGGAGGUCCAGCCGUGGCCUCUGUGUCCCACCGGCUUAGCCGCUACGAGGGGCCGGGGCUCUGGGCCAGCCUGGGCAUCAGGCUCCCUCAGGCGGGUCCCCAGCUGGCCGACGCUGGUCAACCCCCCACACUCCGGCCGCCGGCCAAGUUCACCGACAAGCAGGGGAUGAAAAUUCUUGGUGCAAAUCGAGCUGGGGCCGAGGAAUUGCGCGCGGGCCGGCGGCGGGCGCGGGGCUGCGGCUGCGGGAAGAUGCGCGCGGGCCGGGGCGCGGGCCGGGCGGCGCUCGUGCUGCUCGCGCUGCUGGGCGCGCUCGGGGCGCGUCCCGGGGACCUGGCGGCGGCGGCGGGCGCCUGCAGGACCGGCUUCUCGGCAGAGGGUUACUCGGCCUUCGUCUCCCCGCACGUUCUGGAAGGCGAGAAGCUGCUCAAAGUCAAGUUCAGCAGCUGCUCAGGGCCCGCGGGGACGCAGUAUGAGACCAGCAGCGAGGACUUCAAGGUCGAGGCGGACGGGACGGUCUUCGCCGCCCGGGAGCUGCGGGUCCCCUCGGGGCAGGUGGUGUUCACCGUGACGGCCUGGGAUGCCCUGACAGCCGAGCGCUGGGACACGGUGGUGCGGCUGCUGGUGGCCGCCCCCUCGGCACGCUCCGGACACAAGCCUCCGCGAGGGAAGAAGCCAGUGGGCGCCCAGCCCCCCGGGGACACCCUGCUGCCCUGGGCCCCGCAGCGCAGCCCCGGCGGACUUCGGCGGCAGAAGCGGGACUGGGUGAUCCCCCCGAUCAACGUGCCCGAGAACUCGCGGGGGCCCUUCCCCCAGCAGCUGGUGCGGAUCCGGUCCGACAAGGACAACGACAUCCCCAUCCGCUACAGCGUCACAGGAGUGGGCGCCGACCAGCCGCCCAUGGAGGUCUUCAGCAUCGACUCCAUGUCCGGCCGCAUGUACGUGACGCGGCCCAUGGACCGUGAGGAGCGGGCGUCCUAUCACCUCAGAGCCCAUGCUGUGGACAUGAACGGCAACAAGGUGGAGAACCCCAUCGACCUGUACAUCUACGUCAUCGACAUGAACGACAACCGGCCCGACUUCCUCAGCCCCGUCUACAACGGCUCCGUGCACGAGGGCGCCAAGCCAGGCACCUACGUGAUGACCGUCACGGCUAACGACGCAGACGACGACACCACGGCCAACGGGAUGGUGCGUUACCGCAUCGUGACCCAGAGCCCGCAGAGCCCCUCCCAGAACAUGUUCACCAUCAACAGCGAGACCGGCGACAUCGUGACCGUGGCCGCGGGCCUGGACCGCGAGAAAGUUCAGCAGUACACGGUCAUCAUCCAGGCCACGGACAUGGAGGGCAACCUGAACUACGGCCUCUCCAACACUGCCACGGCCAUCAUCUCGGUGACCGACGUCAACGACAACCCACCAGAGUUCACGACCAGCACGUACGCCGGGGAGGUCCCCGAGAACCGCGUGGAGGCCGUGGUGGCGAACCUCACCGUGCUGGACCGGGACCAGCCGCACUCGCCCAACUGGAACGCCGUCUACCGCAUCAUCAGCGGGGACCCCGCGGGCCACUUCAGCGUGCGCACAGACCCCGGCACCAACGAGGGCCUGGUCACCGUGGUGAAGGCCGUGGACUAUGAGCUGAACCGUGCCUUCAUGCUGACAGUGAUGGUGUCCAACCAGGCGCCCUUGGCCAGCGGCAUCCAGAUGUCCUUCCAGUCCACGGCCGGGGUCACCAUCACGGUGGUGGACGUCAACGAGGCCCCGUAUUUCCCGUCCAACCACAAGCUCGUCCGCCUGGAGGAGGGUGCGCGCCCGGGCACGCUGCUGACCACCUUCUCCGCCACGGACCCCGACCGCUUCCUGCAGCAGGCCGUGAGGUACUCGAAGCUCUCGGACCCCGCGGACUGGCUGCUCAUCAACGCCACCAACGGGCAGGUCACCACGGCGGCCGUGCUGGACCGCGAGUCCCUCUACGUCAGGAACAACGUCUACGAGGCCACCUUCCUCGCGGCUGACAACGGAGUCCCCCCGGCCAGUGGCACGGGAACCCUCCAGAUCUAUCUCAUCGACAUCAACGACAACGCGCCCGAGCUGCUGCCCCGGGAGGCGCAGGUGUGCGAGAGGCCGGGCCUGAGCGCCAUCAACAUCACCGCCGCCGACGCCGACAUGGACCCCAACGUCGGGCCCUACGUGUUCGAGCUGCCCUUCGUCCCCGCCGCCGUGCGCAGGAACUGGACCAUCACCCGCCUGAACGGCGACUAUGCCCAGCUCCGCCUGCGGGUCUUCUUCCUGGAGGCCGGCGUGUACGAGGUGCCGGUCGCCGUCACCGACUCCGGGAACCCGCCGCUGUCCAACACGUCCGUCAUCAAGGUCAAGGUGUGCCCCUGCGACGACCACGGGGACUGCACCUCCGCGGGGGCCGUGGCGGCCGCCGGGCUGGGCACCGGCGCCAUCGUGUCCAUCCUCCUGUGCAUCGUCCUGAUGCUUGUGCUGGUGCUGCUGUUCGUGGCCUGGAUGCGGCGGCGUGAGAGGGAGCGUCACACCAAGCAGCUGCUCAUCGACCCCGAGGACGACGUGCGGGACAACAUCCUCAAGUACGACGAGGAGGGGGGCGGCGAGGAGGACCAGGACUACGACCUUAGCCAGCUGCAGCAGCCGGAGGCCAUGGAGCACGUGCUGAGCAAGGGCCCUGGGGUCCGGCGGGUGGACGAGCGGCCGGUGGGCGCCGAGCCCCAGUACCCCGCCCGGCCGGUGGUGCCGCACCCAGGGGACAUCGGCGACUUCAUCAGCGAGGGGCUGCGGGCCGCCGACAACGACCCCACGGCGCCCCCGUACGACUCGCUGCUGGUCUUCGACUACGAGGGCAGCGGCUCCACGGCCGGCUCCGUCAGCUCCCUGGACUCGUCCAGCUCCGGGGACCAGGACUACGAGUACCUGAGCGAGUGGGGGCCGCACUUCAGGAAGCUGGCGGCCAUGUACGGCGGCGGCGAGGACUAGCACGCGG